UUAGGGAAUGAUGCAUGUGGGCCUACAUCAAUUUUCAUAUCUACUUUUCAUAAUGCGAGCUCUUUGAUGCAAAUGGACAGGGGACUUUUUGUUUUACAGUUUCAUAGAGGCGCCAUUGUUUUCUAUUGCUCUCAAAAACAGCAUAUCAACCUAAAGUUCCUCCCAGAUUUACAAGUCUGCUCAGGAAUGGAUGGUGUGCUUCACCUCGCUUGCUGAUUCAUAGUUUGAUGAUACAUUUACAUUUAAGUCAUUUAGCAGACGCUCUUAUCCAGAGCGACUUAUACUUUCGAGGGAGACAAGGAAGAGAGGUUACAAAAUGAAGACUUUCAUUCUUUUAUAUUUUCUAGGACUAACUUGCAACAAGGUUGGUCAAGAUUUCAGCUAUAUGUUUAUAGCAAACCAAAUACUUAAUUACAAACUUGAAAAUUGGCCCGAUUCCAUAAUAAUUGUAUAAUGUAUCUUUCUGGUUUGUUCCUGCUGCACAUAUGUGCUUGAGUAAUAAUGGGAUGUGUUUUGUUGCUGUUGCUCAGGUCUCUGCAAAUGGCAACUCAACAAAAGUCUACUAUAUGGUACUGAGGACUGAGGCGUCCAUACCAGACAACCGUAUUGAUGCUAUACUCAAAUCUUUUAAAAUGGACAAUCCUGUGAGUGUUGACACCCUUAACGUCACAACAGAUUGUGUCCCUCUUCAAAACAAAACUCAGUGCAAAUGCACACCAGGGCAUAUCUGGAGUGUUGCAGUGUGUCAGUCUUCACCGAACUGUUGUAAAGUAAAAAACUGCACAUUUGAAACCACAGAAACAAAACCAAUGUGCCUCCCUGAAACAAGAGUUACUGUCAUUGGACAACUUAACAUAGCUGGAAUGGUAUAUUUUGAAAGUUACAGCAAUCCAAAUUCUCAUGAAUAUAAAACCUUGCAUGAUGAAUUACUGCCAAAGCUGAAAGCGGUGUACAGUACAUUGAAUUCAUUCGAUGACAUACACAUCACCGGGUUCAGUCGUGGUAGUGUCAUCAUCGAUUUUGAAAUGAACCUCAACGACGUUUCAGCUAAUGUCCUUGCAAGCAAAACAGCAGAAUUGGAAAAAAUACUGAAUUCUACGUUCACGCUAGAGACAGCAGGCGUCGUUGAGAUCACAGUACCAGAAGGCCCGGUAAAAUAUGAUUCUAAACAGACAAUUCUCUGCCAAGCCAAGGAGGACAUGAAACCAAUUGAAUGGGUUUUGAAAAGGAGUGAUGGUAAAACAUUUGACGUAACAACAGGUACUGAUUCUACAGUGAUACCCACUAGUAGGACGACUACAGUUCUCCUCAGACAGGCAACGGAGAUCUGGGAAGGGCUGUACACGUGUGUCUUCAAUCCGAAAACAUCCAAUGUGACCAUAAACCACAAAGCCAGUGCAACACUAGACAUAGCGCUCCUGCCACAAAUUUACAUUAGUAGCACGCCCCAAUUUCCAGACUGUUACAAGAAAUAUAAUGCAAAUGAUAGAAUCUUUGUCAGAGUUCAAUGUGAAAUUAUGAAUAGCACUGAAAACUACAAUGUGACAUGGAAUUACACCAACACUGAAACUCCAUUAAAUGAACAAAAAGAUGUUACCAGUACUGGCAUAAUUUACAGGAUUGAUACGACUGUCAGCUGCAGCAGUUUACAUGAGCCAGCUGUAACAUGUACAUUUAUGAACAUCCUGUCCCAAGAGAAAAAUGCUACUGUCAAUAUCCCUGUUAUCUACAGCAAUUCAAAAUUUUGUCCUGCUGAAGGUGACUGGUCAAACGCCAAGGCUGACUUUACGGCGGUGCUGAAGUGUAAAAAUGGUAUUGGAAAAACCCAGAGACAGUGUUUGAGUGAUGGAGUUUGGGAGGAGGAAAUAUCUAACUGUGUGAAUGUAGAUCUACAUGACAUCCUAAUUGAUUCACAGAACCUUGCAAUAGGACUUGGAUCAGUUGAGAAAAAUUCUGCAAACAUAUUUUCACGUCUGAAAUCUUCCACCGAUAAAUCAGAAUCCAUCAACACUUAUGCUAAUGUGAAUGCUUCGGUGUCCAUUCUCUUCACCAUGAACAACGCAAUCAACGAAUCUCAAAAAAAUUACACACUGAAUAAGGCUCAAUUACAAGAUGCUCUAAUAUCAUCCAGCAAUCUUUUGGAUAGCAGUCUUGAAAAGUCAUGGAUUUUUAAACCUGACCUUGUCAACAGAUCCAUGGCUGAAAGAUAUCUGAUUUCUGUUGAGGGCCUGGUUAAACAGUCAGAUGUCGAGAGUACCACAUACCAACACACAAACAUAGAGUUGAAUGGCUGUAAACCUCAGCCGGAGAAAAAUUGUGUGAACAAAGUUUUCAAUGUCACCGUAACCAUGGGGACUGGCUCCAUGAUGGUUAAAACUAUAGGUUUUAAAUCUCUCAGUAACUAUCUACCAAAGCUGCACCAAACAGACGCUGAUCCAAACAGCAUUGUGGUGUCCACUUCCAUUGGUCAAGGAUCUGCAGAUAUCUCAAUAGACUUCCAGUUGAUCAGUGAAAGGCCCCGCAACCACAAGAUACAGUGUGUAUAUUGGGAUUUUACAAUAAGGCAGUGGUCUGGUAAAGGUUGUGUAUGGGGUGGUCCUGAUAACGAAAACCAUUGUGAAUGCACCCACUUAUCCUCAUUCACCACCCUCAUGUCAAAGAAACCAGAGAAUCUUCCCUAUAUGACGGAGAUAACCUAUGUGGGCUUGAGCGUCUCAAUUGUCUCACUUCUCUCCUGUCUAGUGAUAGAAUGUCUUGUGUGGAAAUCUGUUGUCAAGUCCAGCGUGUCGUAUUGUCGCCACACAGCCCACAUUAACAUCUGCCUGUGUUUACUGGUAGCUGACUGCAGCUUUCUCGCCUCAGCUUUUCCCGACAUGAUCCCAGAGAAUUGGUGUCAGAUCUUUGUGGUAAUUAAGCAUUUAUGCUACCUGUCCAUGUUCUUCUGGAUGUUGUGCCUGAGUAUCAUGGUUCUCCAUCAGUUGAUAUUUAUGUUCCAUCAGAUGAGCAAGAAGGUUUGCUUGGGACUGUGUUUUUCUGUUGGCUAUUGCUGUCCACUGUUAAUUGUUUUCAUUACAUUUAUCACCUACAACAGUGGCCAGAAGGACUACUACUACACCACCGAGGCUUGUUGGCUGGUUUAUGGAGGUUUUUUAAAGGGCUCGAUCUUUGCGUUCAUUCUGCCUGUUGGCACUAUUGUAGUAGUCAAUGUGUUCUGCAUGCUAGUAGUUAUCAUAAGGCUCCUGAGACCAAGUCUUGAAGUCAACACUAAGGAUGAAAAAGAAGUGGCCAAAGGUAUCCUAAAAGCGGUUGUCCUCCUAACCCCAAUCUUUGGAGGGACAUGGAUUUUUGGAUUUUUUGUUUUGAUGUUUGAUAUCACCAAAGGACCUAUAGCCUACCUGGUGAACUACGCCUUCACUCUGCUGAACGCAUUCCAGGGUCUCUUCAUUCUACUCACUGCAUAUUUUGGAGAAAAACCGAUUCGUGUUGCACUACUGAAAUAUUUCAACCUAAAACAGGUACAGUCAGCAGUGAGUGAAAGUUCCAAACUGGCAUCCACGAUGAAGACGAAAUGAUAUUUUUUAUCCAUUUUGACAAUUCUGUUUCUUUUUUUUUUUUUUUAGAUACGUUGUAUAUCAAUACUGUUUAUUCAUCUAGGCUU